AAUUGGGCCAAAAAGCUGACAACGCUCCUCUUUCUUAUUCUGAUUCUUAAUCUUCUUCGCCAGAUCUGGUUUUUGAGAGGAAUUGGGCCAGAUCUGCCGUGGUUUCCCCACUGUUCUUCUUCCGCCUCAGCUCUCUAUUCUUCGCGCCUCUUCUUCGCUUCUCUUCUCCGGCCGCCCUUUGGGUUUCUUUGCGUGGUCGAGGCUGGUACUUGAAACCCUAUAUCUGGUACGCUCCCCAGAAGAUCACUAAGGCCAUGAAGCUCGUCCCCGCUGCCAAGGUCCUCCGAGUCCAGGAGGCCGUCGUCAGCGGCCGCCCCUUCUCUGAAACCCUGGUCGAGGCCCUCUACAACAUCAACGAGCAGAUGCAGACCGAUGACAUCGACGUUCCCCUCACGAAGGUGAGGCCCGUGAAGAAGAUUGCGCUCGUUGUCGUCACUGGAGAUCGAGGGCUCUGUGGGGGUUUCAAUAACGCGAUCAUCAAGAAGGCCGAGUCGAGGAUCACCGAGUUGAAGACAUUGGGGCUGCACUACACUGUUAUUAGUGUUGGGAAGAAGGGCAAUUCUUACUUUCUACGGCGGCCGUAUAUCCCGGUUGAUCGGUUUCUCGAGGGCGGGGCACUGCCCACGACGAAAGAGGCGCAGGCUAUUGCCGAUGAUGUAUUCUCCCUCUUUGUCAGUGAGGAGGUCGACAAGGUCGAGCUUCUCUACACUAAAUUUGUAUCCCUCGUCAAGUCUGACCCUGUGCUCCAUACUCUCCUUCCUCUCUCUCCCAAGGGCGAGAUCUGCGACAUCAAUGGAGUUUGUGUUGAUGCAGCUGAAGAUGAGCUCUUCAAGCUUACCACCAAAGAAGGAAAAUUAACAGUUGAAAGGGAGACUGUUAGAACCCCAACUCCAUCAUUCUCUCCAAUUCUUAAAUUCGAGCAAGACCAAGGGUGAAUUUGUUUUUUUAAUGCUUGAUUUUUUUUAAUGUUGUUUGAGAAAUAUCGUCAUUUCAUAUAUUCCUUGGUAAAUGCAUGCAUAUCAUAUAUUGUUUCAUAUUUCUUUAAUAUUAAUAUGGCUAUGCUUACAAUA